AUGGACGAAAACUACGACGUAAUUGUGUUGGGUACCGGUCUUACCGAGUGCAUCCUUUCGGGAUUGCUUUCGGUUGACGGCAAAAAGGUGUUGCACAUCGACCGCCAGGACUUUUACGGUGGGGAACUGGCCUCGCUCAACUUGGAACAAUUGUACAAGAAGUUCAAGCCCCUGGGCCAAAAGCCCGAAUUGCAAGGCCGUGACCGUGAUUGGUGUGUCGACUUGAUCCCCAAGUUCCUCAUGGCCAACGGGGAAUUGACCAACAUCUUGGUCCACACCAAUGUCACCCGGUACAUUGAAUUCAAGCAAAUUGGUGGUUCUUACGUGUACCGUCUGGGUAAGAUCGCCAAGGUUCCUUCCAACGAAAAGGAAGCGCUUUCGCUGUCGUUGAUGGGGAUCUUUGAAAAGCGCAGAAUGCAAAAGUUCUUGAUGUUCAUUGCUGACUACGAUGAAGAGAACGCCCUGACUCACAAGGGCCUCGACUUGGACAAGAACACCAUGAACGAGAUCUACAACCACUUCGGUCUUGACUCCGGCACCAAGGACUUCAUUGGCCACGCCAUGGCGUUGUGGUCGAACGACGACUACUUGAACGAGCCUGCUCGUCCCACGUACGAGCGUAUCUUGUUGUACACUCAAUCGGUGAUGAAGUACGGCAAGUCGCCUUACAUCUACCCCCUCUACGGUCUCGGUGAAUUGCCUCAAGGUUUUGCCCGUUUGUCGGCUAUCUAUGGGGGUACUUACAUGUUGGACACCCCCAUUGACGAAAUUCUCUACGAAGGUGAAGGCGAAAACAAGAAGUUCGCUGGUGUUGUCACUAAGGAAGGUACCGCUAAGGCACCCAUCGUGAUUGCCGACCCCACUUACUUCCCUGACCGCGUCAAGAAGACCGGCCAACGCGUGAUCCGUGCCAUGUGCAUCUUGGACCACCCCGUGCCCAACACCAAUGACUUGGACUCGGUGCAAAUCAUCAUCCCUCAAAACCAAGUCAACCGGAAGAACGACAUCUAUAUCGCCGUGUUAUCGUCGGUGCACUGUGUUGUGCCUAAGGGUUACUACCUUGCCAUCAUUUCAACCAUCAUCGAAACUGAAACUCCGCAUGUUGAACUUGAACCGGCAUUCAAGUUGUUGGGUCCCCGCAUCGACACUUUGAUGGGCAUUGCCGAAUUGUACGAACCCAAGGACGACGGUACCAAGCUGGGCAUUUUCUUGUCGAAGUCGUACGAUGCGUCGUCGCACUUUGAGUCCACCACUGAUGAUGUCAAGGACUUGUACUUCAGAAUCACCGGCUCGCCCUUGGUGUUGAAGCAACGUCCCGCUGAAGAAGAAGAGUUGAAUGCGUCCUAA